UCAUUAUAGUUUUCUCAGAAGCCAAACGCUCUUAAUUAACGACAACUCACACUCCCGAUUCCCGAGAGACUUCAUUACACCUCCUCACUCGCAGCAAUGGCAGCAACCUCCACGGAAUCCACCGCUGGUGCUCUGCCGGAGCUGACCAACCGAACUACAUUUCUAGGUCUGAAGGUGUACGUGCUAGUGCUGGUUUUUUUGGCGAUCGUGGUGGCAUUGUUGAUCGUGAUUUAUGUGUGCUUUCGGCGUAGCAGCAGAAGCUCGAAGAAGGGGCAAAUGCGAGUGAAGCACAGCUCAGGCGCGAUCCCACUGGUUUCAAAGGAGAUUGUGGAGGUUAAUGCAUUGGAUCUCGCGGAUCAUCUCAAAAUGGAAAAAGAAGAAGAAGAAGACACGGUCGUUGAUGUUGAUCCUAAUCGGAAGCAAAAACAGAAGCAGCAGAAGAAGAAGAAGGAGGAAUGUGAGAUCAAGGUUGAGGGAAUAAUAGAAGGGAGUGAGAAGAGGAGGGAGGAGGAGUCGGUGGAGUCUUCGCCGAACAUAGGGUGGGGACGGUGGUACAGCAUGUCGGAAGUGGAAGAAGCGACGAAUGGGUUUGCGGAAGGGAAUGUGAUCGGAGAAGGAGGGUAUGGGAUUGUGUACAGAGGUGUUCUUCGCGACGGUUCUGUCGUCGCUGUCAAGAAUCUUCUUAACAACAAGGGCCAAGCAGAGAAAGAGUUUAAGGUGGAGGUUGAGGCCAUUGGAAAAGUGAGGCAUAAGAAUUUGGUACGUUUAGUUGGAUACUGUGCACAAGGUGCUAAGAGGAUGCUUGUUUAUGAAUACGUUGACAAUGGAAAUUUGGAGCAGUGGCUACAUGGUGAUGUAGGCCCUGUUAGCCCCUUGACAUGGGAUAUACGAAUGAGGAUUGCUGUUGGAACUGCCAAAGGAUUAGCCUACUUGCAUGAAGGCUUAGAACCCAAAGUUGUGCACCGAGAUGUAAAAUCCAGUAACAUUCUUUUGGACAAAAAUUGGAAUGCCAAAGUAUCUGAUUUCGGACUGGCCAAGCUCUUAGGCUCAGAGAAAAGCUAUGUCACAACGCGUGUAAUGGGAACAUUUGGAUAUGUUUCACCUGAGUAUGCAAGCACAGGAAUGCUCAAUGAGUGCAGUGAUGUGUAUAGCUUUGGGAUUCUACUAAUGGAGCUAAUUACAGGAAGAAGUCCUAUUGAUUAUUCCAGACCACCUGCAGAGAUGAACUUGGUUGACUGGUUUAAGGGAAUGGUAACAAGUCGUCGCGGCGAUGAGCUAGUCGAUCCUUUAAUUGAGAUUAAACCCUCUCCAAGAUCUCUGAAGCGAGCUUUGCUGGUUUGUUUGCGCUGUAUAGACUUGGAUGUCAUUAAGCGACCAAAGAUGGGUCAAAUUGUUCACAUGCUUGAAGCUGACGAUUACCCAUUUCGUUCUGAGGUUCAUACAUAUAGAGAGAAAGACCCUUCUCCUUCUCAUACAACUGUUGCUUUUCCAACAAGGCAGGUGGAGUCAGUACAUAAACCAAGCUGGAGGAGAUGAUUGCGUUGCCUAUAGAGACUACAGGGUUGCAGCUUGUGUAAACUCUGCUGAUACAAACUAUCAAUUUGUUGUAAUGUGAAUUUUCACUUUUUUAUGAAGAAGAAGAACAGGUGAGAUGCCAUUGUGAAUAUUUCUAUAACAACAUAGUUAAUAUAUAGUUAUUUUAAUUAGGUGUUUAAAAUGCGGUGUGGUAUUGCAUUAUCAUCAUGAGAAGAAAUGAGCACUGGCUUGUAAAUAUGUAUUCCUCACGA